UCUCGUUGGAUUAGUCGCGUCUUGGAUUCAGACAGCGGAGCAUCGACACACGCGCCGACAGCCGACAGUUGCGGAUCAGAAAUCAAACAUUUUCAAUAUGCUGACGACAUCGCACCGCUGGAUGUGGUGCUGGAUGUUUGUUUUGGCAAUCUACGGAAGUGCUCACAAUUACGCGCUGGGCUAUUAUCAGACAGCCGAUGCGGUCGACUGUCCGCCCGGAUAUCAGAACGUCAAUGGCUAUUGCUACAGCUCAUUGUAUUGUCCUGCGGGCUACUACUUGGGCACAGAUGGACAGUGUUACGCGCACAAUGCGUUGGUAUGUCCCACGGGCUACUACCUGAGCACGGAUGGAAAGUGUUAUUUGAAGGAUCCGCUGCCCUGUCCGUUUGAAUCUACAACAGCCACUGCGCCGGUCACAACCCCCCAACCCACUCCAGUCACAACACAACCCACCACGACAACAACAACAACGACAACCACAGAACGUACCACCACGACGACAACAACAACAACAGAGCCACCACCACCACCACCACCACCUGAGGUGCCACCUCCAGUGGAACUUGCACGCUGUCCGCCCGGCUCCAUCUUCUACGAGGAGCAAUGCCGCCGGAUUGUCUGCUCGGAGGGUGAGUAUUACGCGGGACGAUGCCUGUCGCCGGCCUGUCCACCGGGCACCGUGUGGCAUGGCAGAAGCUGCCAGGAGCCGGGCUAUAUAACCACCAUACUGGAGAUCGACAAUGUGAUCCGGAACCAGCACGAGUAUACGCUGGCCACCGAGAACAUCAAUCGUGUGGAGUACGCCACACUGCGGCCCUACGACGAGGCGUACGACAAGAGCUACGAAGCCACCACCACGAGGCACGAGGAAGCCAACGAUGUGCCGACAACCACUAAGCGUCCAUGGAUGUAUCCCAGUGGGCGGACUACGCCAACGACGCUGCGGCCAGCGACACCGGAUGUGUUUCCGGGCCGGAAUCCACCGCCGGGCUGCUGUGUGGUGAAGAGUCCGCGGAUCUGCAUCAACUACGCACCCAACUGGGUCUGCUCCAGCCGGGAGCGCAAGCUGUGCGAUCCGCGGGUGUGCACCCAUCCGGUGAUCUACCUCAAGCCGCCGCAGAUUGUCGAGAGCGAGAACCGACGACGCCUCGUGAUGCCGCCCAAUCCGCCGCUGCAGGCCUGCAGCACGCCCGAGUGCAAGGAGAGCGAAUUCCUGGACUGCUCCGGCUGCAAGCACAACCAGCGGGACAAGUGCUCGGCGGGCUGCUAUAGCUACUACUGUCCCAACGGCAGCUGUGCCUUCAUGAACUCGCAGGACUACUGCGGCAUCUAUCCCAGCGGAUUCGGCUGCAAUGUGGACGAUGGCUGCAUCUGGGACUGGUGCCACAAGAAGUGCUACUGAUGCAUCAGCGUAAAUCCAAAUAAAUGACUUUAUUAAUGAAAUAAGAAAUCAAUUGUCGGAGCAAAUAAAAUACUCAAAUUGUUUCUUUUUUAUUAAA